CAAGAAGAAGUCACUUUAUUCAUACCUGUAUAUAUACACAUGCAGAUCAACUACUCUGUCCUUCACCAUAUAAAUACAUCUCUUAAACCUACUUUCCUCCCAUCUUCCUUUCUCACCGUUUCUUUGUUUUAUUUAGCAUUGAAACAUCGGUCAAAUUCACCUUAUUCCUCUUCCAAAAAUGAAUAUCCUAAUCGAACACAACCCUUCGAGCAUAAGGUUAUCUGACCUUGGAGUCAUGUCAUGGCCUAAAUGGUCAUGUCAGCCGGGGAAAUAUGCAUUGGUGUUUGAAGAAAGUGAGACUUGCUAUUUGGUGAAGGGAAAAGUGAAGGUGUAUGCAAAAGAGUCAUCAGACUUUGUAGAGUUUGGUGCAGGAGACCUUGUGACCAUCCCCAAGGGACUUAGCUGCACUUGGGACGUAUCACUUUUCGUCGACAAGCACUACAAGUUCGAUCCUCCUACUUCGUUAUAAUGUUUUCCUACUCACGAUCUAGUUCUGGGUUAGACUUUAUCACCAUGAAGCAUAUAAGACUCUGUAUUAACCACUUAUAGAAGAAUUACCCAAAAGACAACGCUUAGGAUACGUACAAAGCCCCUCCUAGAUUAUGUUUUCAGAUGUAACCCCUCCUAGUUUUGGGUUAGACUUUAUCACCAUGAAGCAUAUAAGACUCUGUAUUAAUCACUUAUAGAAGAAUUACCAAAAAGACAACGCUUAGGAUACGUACAAAGCCCCUCCUAGAUUAUGUUUUCAGAUGUAACUUCUGUCAUUGAACAAAGAAUAUGCCAUUAUACGCUUCAGUUUGAAACUCAUUCAUCCAGACAACAGUAUACAAGAUUGCCAAGAACCCCUGGAAAGAAAAGUAAAUCACACGGUUUAUGGGCACACCAUCAGUUCUACAUCCUUAAAGUAGAGCUCUCUAGCUAGUUCAAAGAGACUAAGGUACAUGUAUUCCUAAGCUUCUGAAGCUGAAGUAACCAAACUGUAAUCUCAUUUUCUGCUACAAUUUGCAUAAUUCGAUGGAAGUUAGUGAAACAUCAUGGUUUUCAGUGUACUGUAUCACUCAUUGCUAACUAAAGGAUUCCCAAUAAAC